CAGACGGUUGGGGGCAGAAUGUAGCCAGCCUCGCUUUGGAAACCAGCCGGGGACCAGCUCCCCUUGGCGGUGGGUGGCGAUGGAGGGGGAUUCGUCAGCCGCCAGCGACAACUCGAGACUGUUGUCCCUCAUCACCACGGGCCACCUGCCAGCCCGCUCCGUCCACGAGCAGAUGUGGCAGCUGUCGAUGGCCACGCAGCAGAGCCUGGCCGCAGCCACGUGCCAGUGCCUGGGCGUGGCAGCCCUGUGCAUCGCCCUCUCCAGCCUGGCCUGGAUCGCGCUGGAGACCAACGUGCCCCUUCAUCUGCUGAAAAGGUCAGAGUACUGGGCCGUUAUCAUCUACUUCGGGGUGCCCACCCGCCUGCAGUCCCAACUGUGGCUGAACGAAACGCAGAGCACAGAAAUUGUUAUCUUGUCUUCGGAUCAAUGGGUCUUCGUAGAUGUGAUGAUGGGAAUUUGUUACCUGAGUGUGUUGGUGGGCUUCAUUGCUUUCCUGCUUGACUUCAUAGAGAUAAAGAAGCUAGGAGUGGCACGUCUGAUCAUUGCAACAGUCCUACAUAUUUUGUCAGCCAUUCUUUGUGCAUUAGUUCUGGUGUUUUGUUCUUGGAUCUUAACAAUAAUCCAGAAGCCUAGCGUCAAUAAUUUGUUAAAUAAGCACUACUAUGUAACGUCACUGGGAGUAAGUUUCUACUUAACCAUCGCAGCAUUUAUUUUCGCAAGCCUCGCAUCCAUAUUUAGCGUCUGGUCAAUGAAGGUCUAUGGAAAAGAUUUGCUUCCUUCUCAGAGAGUUGGGGACAGCGAAACCAAAGAAACCAACCGUUUUGGUCCAGGUGCUCAGCAGCCAGUGUUGCUCUUUUGACGUCAACGAACGGCACCAAUUUAUAGCGCCCGAGGAACUUGCCCCGUGUUUCAGGAAUUCUGUUGCAAUGCUGUUAGCAACAUACAUAACUUUGUCAUUGGAUAAGCUGCAUAGUUAAAUAGAUACAGUCGUUUCCAUAAACUGUUUUCAAAAUAUAGAGAAGAAAGAUUGAAACCAGUGACCCGGCCAACGUUUUCAAUGUGUUACUGCUUAGAAACACCUUGGACGUUUUGUACCUUCGGGGAUUCGUUGUUUGGAAAGAAGAAUUUCCAUAGGUCUGACCACUGUAGCAUCAUUUUUUAAUAAUGCUGAAUCUGUUGUCUCCCACUAGGUUUAUUUGGUACAGUGUUAUGGAGCUUAAAAGUGUGUUUGUAGAGAAAAAUGGUAUGUAUUCUUUGAGUCAGGGUGAUGAAUAAAUGACAUGAAUCUUAUUAUUCAAUGUACAAACAUGGGAUUCGCUUGCAUAAACCUAUUAAAAGUUAGUCAUUUUA